AUGUCGGCGAUAUUCGGAAACUCUACGGUUGCUGCGAUGGUGGGCCAAGGCCAGGGCCUAAACUACUGGCAGGUGUUGGCCAACGUGAAGACAGUACAGCCACAGCUGAACGUUUUGGAGCAGUUCUGGGCUGCGUGGUACAGCUACAUGGAAAACGACGUGCUGGCGACGGGGCUGCUGUUCUUCGUGCUGCAUGAAUUCAUGUACUUCGCGCGGUCGCUACCAUGGUUCAUCAUCGACCAGAUGUCGUGGUUCCGCAAGUACAAGAUACAGCCGACGAAGACGCCCUCGGCGAAGGAGCAAUGGCACUGUCUGAAGUCGGUGCUGCUAUCGCACUUCCUGGUGGAGGCCAUUCCGAUCUGGACGUUUCACCCUCUGUGCCAGAAGCUGGGGAUCAGCGUUGAGGUGCCGUUCCCGACCUGGAAGACUGUCGCCACCGAGAUAGCGCUUUUCUUUGUCCUAGAAGACACCUGGCACUACUGGGCCCAUCGCGUGUUCCACUACGGUGUGUUUUACAAGUACAUCCACAAGCAGCACCACCGCUACGCGGCGCCCUUCGGGCUGUGCGCGGAAUACGCGCACCCGGUUGAGACCAUGCUGCUCGGGUUCGGUACCGUGGGGAUGCCUGUGUUGUACGUUCUCUACACUGGCAAGCUGCAUCUAUUUACUCUGUGCUUGUGGAUCACACUACGUCUAUUCCAGGCGGUCGACUCGCACUCGGGUUACGACUUCCCAUGGUCGUUGAACAAGUUCUUGCCGUUCUGGGCGGGCGCGGAGCACCAUGACCUACACCACCACUACUUUAUUGGGAACUACGCCUCGUCCUUCAGAUGGUGGGACUACACCUUAGACACGGAGGCCGGUCUAGAAGCUAAGACCACCAGAGAGGAGAGGAUGAAGAAGAGGGCAGAAUUGAGAGGCAAGAAACUUAACUAA